GGUUAAGCUUAAGUUACUAGCUUGAUCGAAAAUGGGAGACAUGGAGGAAGGUGCAAAUGUCCAACGACCACCACUUUUGAGAGGACCAAACUAUAAUUUUUGGAAAGGACGCAUGAGAGCCUUCUUAAAGUCUCAAGGUGGAAGAGUAUGGAGAAGCAUAGAGACCGGAUGGACAGAACCCACAGAGACCAACGCAGAAGGAGAGAAGGUGGCAAAAUCUUUUGAGAAAUACUCAAAAGAAGAAGCGACUCUGGCUGAAUGCAAUGAUAAGGCACUCAAUGCACUGUUUGGGGCAGUUGACAGCUCACAGUACCGACUCAUUUCAAAUUGCACUGAAGCAAAGAAGGCCUGGGAGAUCCUCGAAACUACUCACGAAGGAGAUGAACGAGUAAAAACUGCUAAACUACAGAUUCUUAUGACUAAAUAUGAGAAUCUGCGUAUGGAUGAAGAAAACGAUGAAGACCCAUCAGAUGGAGAUUAUCAAGAGCAGUUGUCUCUCAUCACCAAACAAUUUAAGAAGCAAUGGAUGCAGAAAAAAGGAAGACCAAAUUAUCAGGCUGAGUCUUCAAAAGGGUUUCAAUUUAGAAAUCCAAGGCCAAAGGAUAGCAAGAAACGGAAAGCCUUUGUAACAACCUGGAGUGAUGAAGAAGAUGAUACUGAGGAAGUUCUAGGAAACAGCAAUUGUGCAUUCACCACACAGGUUCACAAUGAAGACUCAGAUAAUCUCACUAAUCAACUUGAGGUGCUCCAGAAGGAGGUGGACAGCCUUCGCAGAAAACUUGAUGAAACCAUGCAGCAACUGGAACAGAUUGAAGGGGAAAAGGCGAAUCUAAACUAUGAGCUCACUCAACUGAAGAGCUAUCAAAAGUGGAUGAAAAGCGCAGGUGCAGAACAAAUCGAGAGUCUUGUGGACAAAUCAAGAUUUUAUGGAGACAGAACUGGCAUUGGGCACACUCUACCAACAAGCAGUAAGACUCCGCUUGAUCUGUUUGUAACAAGAUCAAAGAUCUCUGAAGAGGAACUGGCAGAAUAUAGCAGAGACAAGAAGGAAGCAGUCCAGCCUAGCCACACUCAUGUAAGGAAACACUUCUUUUCUAACUAUUACUGGAAUUAUGUUUGUUUCUACUGCAGGAAAAAGGGACACAUUAAAAGACAGUGUCACCAGCUAAAGAACAAAAAGAAGAAGAGGGGUACGGCAAAAGGCUUCACAAGAACCGUGAUGAAGUGGGUACCAAAACACAUGGCUUCAAGCGCCAACUCAUGUCUUAAAGUCACUCCAGACCAAUGGCUGCUUGAUAGUGGGUGUUCUCAUCACAUGACUGGAGAUAAACAGAACUUGUUGAACAUUCAACCAAUGGAAGGAGGGAAUGUACGAUUUGGUGGCGGUGCACAUGGACAGAUUAUCGGGAUUGGAACACUGCAUGUCUCAGGGCUACCACCAAUCAAAAAUGUAUGGCUGGUUCAAGGACUUGAGGUGAAUCUGCUAAGCAUUAGUCAAAUCUGUGACCAAGGACUUGAAGUGGUGUUCACUCAACAAAAGUGUCGUAUCAAGGACAGAAACAAAUUCGUUGUCUUGGAAGAAAAUACCAGAAAUCUUUCAAUGAAACAUCGAGAGAUGGUGCGCACCAAGAUCGUCGUUCCUAAGCAAUGGAAGAAGACGCAUGCAACAAAGAAGAGAGCAAGUCUCAUUCAGAAGUUUGUGCAAGCUAGAGCAAAUCUUCGGGCAAAAAUCUCACAAGAAGAUGAAGGUUCGCCUUCCGUGAAUCCAGAGAUUGAGACUGCCAUGGAACAUGAAGAAGUUCAAAGGGCACCGGAAGUUGAAAAACUGUCAGAUGAAGAGAAAGAUGAGGCACCACUCAACCCAGAUCUUCCCACCAUCAUGUUGCUAGAAUAUAAACCACUAAUAUCCUCUGAGGAACAACACCAAAAUCCAGAAGUAGAUGAAGAGUUCCAAAUCCUAUUGGAUGAAGACCCUCUGGUAGCAGUUUCUGAGGUACCUUUCAAGAAUGCUGAAAACCAAGACAAGACCCCUCGCAGCUCCAAGAAGAAGGCAAAACAGACAACUGAUCAACACCCUACUCGUUGGUCAAAACGGAGAACCAGAUCUGAGGCAGUCAUGAAAGAAGAGUCUUCUCCAUCACCUAAGAAGACCAGAACAAGCUCUCCAAGUUCAUCCAAAGUCUCAAAGUCGAAAAGGGGUAAAGAUCUGAAUCGUCACUCAGGGAAGUCCUCAACUCAUACUUUUGUCAAUACUGCUGCUAAAUCUUACUUGCCCACCAUAGUGAAGAAGCACAUUUUGCCCCAACGAAAUAUUGAUCUGGAGGACUUUGCUUUGAAAACCACACUUAUCCCCCUGUUAGAUGCUAGGAAGUUGUUGAAAUCUGUUACUAUUCCUGGUUCUUAUGUCAAGCAAGUCAUCCAUGAGUUCUAUUGCAACUUAAAUGAAGAUUUUGUGAAUCCUGCUGCUGAGUCUUUUGAGAAAGUGUUUGUCAGAGGAAAAUUAUACACUUUUUCCUCUACUGCUGUUAACAAGUUCUUGGGAUUAGAUGAUGUUCAUGAUGCAUUGAUAAGUGAGGCCACAAUGUGGAAAGAACUCACUCAUGGAACCCGGAAAAGCCAACACCCCUCCAACAAAGUUCCCUCGUCAAUCCUGAAUAGUUCCUACUCUAUCUUGCUCAGGGUUGCUGCAUGUCACUGGCUAGCCACAUCCCAUAUCAACACAGUGACAAAAGUCAUGGGCAUGCUGUUGUACAAGAUCAAAAACAAUGUUCCUGUUAACCUAGGAAAGCUGAUUGUGGCUCAAAUAGCUGAAUUUGGGAAACACAACUAUAAGCACAAUGAUAAUGGUCUGCCCUUUCCUGUGCUAAUCUUUCAGAUGCUUGUCUCACAGGGUUUUAACAAGAAGGAUGGUGAACAAGAGGAGCCUUUGGAGCCACUGCUGCAGGUUGACAACAGGCACUUUGAUGGAAAGCACUUCAAUGACAUGAAGAUAGCUGAGCAGGCAACACAUGGAGUGCCAGGUGUACUCAAGUAUCUGCAACAAAAACUGCAGCAAAACAAGGAAGCACUUCUCAUGGUGGACCAACAGAAGAAAGUUCUUGAAGAAGAGCGACAAAGUCUCAUAUGGCUGCAAGAGAAUGCUGCACAGAAUGCUCAAGCAGAAGGUUCAUCAUUUCAGGGGGAGAGUUCAGAGGAGGAAGAAGACACUGCAACAGAUACCUCAGCAUGAGGGGAUAAUUUUUACAAACUCUUUUCAAGCUUAAAUUUGACAUUCAUUUUGGUUGGGUUGUUCUGCCCUGUUUCUGGUUUGAAGACAUAUUGCACUGCUGUUAUUUUUGCUAUGACUGGUUUGUCUCUUGGAUGGUUCAAACAAGAUUUAUCUCCAUUUGUGUCUGCAUUUGAUUCUUUGCAGCUUCGUUUCGCUUUUCUUGUUCAUCUCUGUGACAUGGUGUAGGUACAUCCCUCAGCCUAGAUUAUAGAUCUUCUAGCUUGUCUUUUUUGUACCUCUCUUGCUCAGGUGUUGGAUGUUACUCUUCUCUAUUCCCAUAUUUGAAUAAACUUUGGCUCAUUUU